UUCCUCUAGCCCACUUGCCUGAUUAUUUGAACUGUGCGACGUCACUCUUCGCGGCAGACGAUUCGAUAAUAAAAGACAUCAGAUAGAUACACCUGACUGGCUUCAACUACUUCAGACGAUUCGAUAAUAAAAGAUAUCAAGUAGAUACACCUGACUGGCUUCAACUACUUCAAACUUGAUCCAUCAUGGCAGAUUUCGAGAAAGCUCUAGAGAGUGCAGUCUCUCAACAACACAUCUCAGGCGCCGUCGUGCAAGCCCGAAACCGUGAUGGGUCCUUCAACUACUGCAAAGCCCUCGGAAGCGACCCAGACUCUAAGCCCUACGCGCUCAACACCGUAAUGUGGAUAGCCUCCUGCACCAAACUCAUGACCUCGAUCAGCGCACUCCAGCUCGUCGAGCGCGGCCAAGUUACCCUCGACGACCCCAUCUACAAGCACAUCCCCGAACUGAAAGACCACCCCAUCCUGGAGGACUUCAAUGAGGACGGCUCUCCCAUAGAGACGCCGCACAAGACGCCCAUCACCCUGCGCCACCUGCUCACGCACUCGAGCGGCUUGUCCUACGACGCCCUGCACCCGAAGCUCAUCGCGUGGUUGAAGUACCACGGCCGCGAGCCCAGCACAAGCGGUAAGCUUCUCGAGCGAUUUAGCGCCCCGUUGGUGUUUGAGCCCGGAACGAGCUGGAUGUACGGCCCUGGUAUUGAUUACGCUGGGUUGCUGGUUGAGCGGAUUUCGGGCCUCACUUUGGAGGAGUACAUGAGGAAGAAUCUGUGGGAGCCACUGGGAAUCAAGGAUAUGACGUUUAAGCUUUCGACGAGGCCGGAUCUUAGUGAGAGGAGGGCGCGCAUGUCGAAGAGGCCUGAGGGGUCGGAAACGGUGGGCGCAUGGGAUGAGAAGGAUGUCAACGCCACUGCCGACGGUAGUGAGCUUGAGGAUUGUCUUGGUGGGCAGGGUGUUUACACUAGCAUCGAGGAAUACUUGAAGGUCCUCGUAGGGCUUUUAACGACAGAUGAGAACGAGAAGAUCUUGAAGAAAGAGACUGUGGAACUGUUCUUCACGCCAAACCUCGGGGAAGGUAGCACCGCCAUGCUUAACGCUGUUUUGCAGGACGACAUGUCUAACAAUGCCAUGGGUGGACUUCCAAAGGACAUCAAGAAGGAUUGGGGUCUCGGUGGCUUACUCGUCUGUGGCGAUGUGCCGAAUGAGAUGAAGGAAAAUACUAUGAUUUGGGGUGGCUUGCCGAACUUGAUCUGGUGGGUUGAUCGCAAAGACGGGGUCUGUGGCCUCUUUGCGACGCAAUUGUUGCCUACUGGUGAUUCCAAAUGCGCGGUACUUAACAGGCAAUUCACUGCUGGAAUUUAUCAGCUAUAUGCGAAGCAUCGCGUGAGUCCACGCCUGUGAUUACCAAAGAUAGGCAGUCGUUGACUAUAAGGAGGGCACGUCUUGAACGAUACCUGCUCUGAUAUAGGCAUCUUAUUAAAAAUCCGAAAUGGAGACUGAGCAGGCCUGCAUCAGGACAUAACGCAUCAUGUUGUUUUCUUUC